AUUGUUGUUGUACUAUGACGCAUUUUGAAAACACACGACCUGACUCUUGCAAUGUUUUUGUUUCGUAGAACUUUUUCGCGAAAUGGCUUGGUGGUUUUUGGUGCUGUCUUCAUGGCGUCAGAAAAUUUUACUUAAAUUGGGCUAAACGUUAGUUAGUAUUCGGGAAUAUUUGACACAUACAACGCACAUAGCAUACUGUGUAGUGAGAAAUUGACAAAAAUGGAUACAUUUUUUAAAAACGAAGAAGAAAAUCAACGUAAUUUAGAAACACGAUGGGAUCGAAUUGAAAAGCGGCACAUCCAUUCGGCCAUCGUAUAUGAACCCACCGAUGCAACAGCAGAAAUUUGUAAAAAUUUUAUACAAAACAAGGAAUUUGUUACGAAUAAUCAACUGAAGACAUUAAUGGGCGAUAAAUCAAAGAAAUAUAAUUUGGAUCCAAAUCUUGUAAUGGAUUUGCGACAUUCGAAAGUAAGACGACGCAAUAAAAGUGCCACGUCGGCAAUUAAUCGACGUGCAAAACAUUUUGUUGACGAACGAAUGCAUGUUCAAAAAAUGUUUGAAUUGAAUCGUGAAAUUUCAAAAUACAAACAAAAAUUGACGAAAAUCCGACCCAAGUCAAAUGAUUUUCACACUCAAAACGCAGCAAAAAAAUGUUAUUCGGCUCGAUCAGAUGGAUAUUUGAAAAUUGCCAUUCCAUGCGGAAGAGGUGACGAUGGAAAUGAUGAAGUGAAUGCCAGGAUUGAAAAUGGUGAUGAUGACUUGAAUUCACAAGAAAGUUGCCCAGUGGAAAAUAAACAACAUCUUGUUGAAGAUGAUAAUGAAUUGUACGAUGACAAUCAAGAGACCAGAUCAUUGUCACCACUUUUAAUUCCAUCUCAGUGUUUGUUAGACGAAAGUGAUUCAAUGAAUGGAAUUGAUGUAGAUUUGACAUCGGACCAGCAACCGAUUCCAAGUGAUUUUGAAAGCACAUCACCUUGUAGUUCACACACUGAACUCAAAACUGUAAUUCGACCACAACAAAUAACAUGUAAAUCUCAUGAUGAUUUUGAGUUUAUUGUCAAACCAAUGAUUAUGGUGAAUAUUCAAGACACCAUUCGAUCGAAUAUACCCAAUGAAUUUGGUGGUGAAAGCAACUCAAAAUCUCAAGCAAAACCGUUCAAUUUCAUUCGAGAGAGUAAAAUUGACGUUAACCAGCAUAUGUCAAUUCUUAUUAAAAAAUUGUCAUCUGAAAUUGUCGACCAGAAGAGUAGAUACGAUUCAUAUAUGGAUGAAUCGACUGUGGGAAAUCACAUUAUAAAAGAAGUGUUCGAUAAAAAAACGCAAGACAACUUUUUAGUUUUGCAAAAGUAUUUUCUUCGUUGGAUACAUUUUAAUACGAUUGAAAAGUUGAAGCGUCGAAAUCCGACACAAACCCGUCUCCAAAAGAUGGAAGCAUUUCUACAAAAUAUCACAUUGGAACGGAAACGAGCGUUGAAUAAAUUGAGACGACCAGGAAAUAUGCUGGCACCAUGUCAUAAUGCUGAAUACAGGCGAAUGACAUUGCACGAUCCCAACAUGGAAUCGCCUCGUUUGCUCAUCAGAACCUAUAACAAUAAGCUUAAAACACAACAAGACAUUAUUGAACUGCAAAAAAUCAAAUUACAGCGCCAACAACGAAUUAUUACUGAAAUGAAACUCUCAAAACUGCUUGAAGACACCAAUGACGCUGAAAAUCAUCUAAAAGAAGAGCUUAGUAUUGUAGCCAAAACAGGUUGUCAAAAUUCACGUUCGAAAGCCAAGUGUCUUCAAAUUGCUGGCAAUCUCAAAGACAAAGACGACGAUAUGAAAUCUGAGCUCCAAGCCAAGGGUAUAACAGCGCCAAAAUUUCUCAUAGAAAUGCAAGCACGUGCAUUGGAACGUGAAAUGAGACAUCAAGAAGCGCAACGUCGACGUGAGGCGCUUGAACGAGAGAAAGAAGCAUUGAAAAUGGCUGCUGAGGAAGAAAAACGUCGAUUGGAUGAGGAAGCAAAACGAGAACGAAUUCGUGAGUAUUGGCGCAAGCGGCGCCUGGAGAAGGAGAUUGAAGCAAAGAAAGCGCUGGAACGUAUGAGAUUCCUCACCAACUUGGAGCUAGCAAAGGCAUUUAAUCGUUCCCAUCUGCUAAAAUGGGCGAUGGAAAAGUUCAAAAACAUAGUUCGAUGGAAACAUCGAAAUAAGCAUGUCAGCACUGAAUUGCGUCAUCGAAUGCUUUACCGAGACUACUUCCACCGAUGGAAAAAGCACACAAAUCGAAUUUGGGAAGAGCGCAAAGCAAAGGCUGAUGCGUGCUAUCAUCUUCAUUGUAAGCUGAUGGCAUGGGCCAAAUGGCAGGAAUGCUAUAUGAUCAUGCGAAGAAAAGUAUGGUUGGCUGAUGACUGGUUCCAUUUGAGAUUGUCAGAGCGUGUGUUUCGGGCCUGGAAUUGUGUAACAGCACAAACAAGACUUAUUUUUGAAAUUAAAACUAGGCAAGCUGAGGCGCAUUUCAAUUGGUACAUGAAAUGGAAAGUAUUGGAACAUUGGCGACGCUUACAUGCCAUUCUUAAAAUCGAAAAAGAUACCGAAGAGCGACGUGAACGUUGGCGUAGCAAAAUCUACGAACUCAUCCCUGAUUAUACUCCAAAUGUCGAAUUUAUUUGA